AUGCGGUCACCAUCCGUAGAAGGAGUACCAUGGCCCCUCCAGGUUGGCUCCCCGAACAGUAGGAGAACCUCCGAUAUCACAGUUCCUUCUGCUUUGCGCGUUGGCUCUCCAACAACUGGCGAUACCCCACCCAUCCACGCUCGGCCACCAUUGCGUCGCAAGAACACGUCUGGCGCCUCCGACAGGCUCUCGCAACUCUUUCCGUCCCGACCGUCCUCAGUCGCCUCAAUCGCAUCUCCUAGCAGCACCUAUGCAUCAAGACGUCAGUCGUUUCCUUCGCCUCUGCUACCGGCCGCAGAACCCUCGUAUCGCAUACCCCGCGCUCCAGCGCCGCCCUCGUUUGCCCAAGAAACGUCAUACAACCCUGUCGCGAGCGUGUUUACUCAAGAUCGCGCAUCACCGUCGUUGGGCAAGAGCAACAGUAGGACCAAACGGGUCCUCGACCGAAUCGCAUCGUUGCACAGGGGAGCCUCUCAUGGGGGACGUUACAACCGACUGGAUGAUGAGGAAUCACAACCCGGCAGAAGACGCCUUGUAGGAGUCGACGAGGGGGACGAGGCAGUCGGAUAUGAUCUGAGCUCGCUAGGCGGUCUGCCGUUGAAAACAUUCGAGGCGCAAUCGCGGACGCAGGACAUACACGAAGGGCAAGAGCGUGACAGAGACAUGGAUGAAGCUAGCCACGCCGCAGAAUUUGAGCGUCUCGAGGCGCAACUCGGAGCUGGCAUGACUUCUGUACUCCAUGUUCCGUUUGAGCACACCCCAGCUGGACCAGUACCAGGCUUCUUUCCCGGCCACCGACGAAUUCUGACAAGAGCGGAUGUAGUAGACGAGCAGGCCAAAAAAGCCCAAGACGAGGCUGAGACUACCGGCAAAGUCGUUGCUGUUGCAGCAGAUGUUCCAGUCGAUAUCAGCGAAUUCACAGGAGUUGCUCGCGACUUCGAUUCUAUGAGAAAUCUGACCGCCGAGGCUGGCCUCAUCAGCAGUGGUGCACAGACUAGCUACUUCUUUCCUGACGAUCCCCAGAUGCCUGCAUGGCGACCCCUUACUAUGAGCUCGUGGUGGAUCCUUAUGCUCACAAUUCUUGCACUUGUACUCGCUGGCGUUCAAGAAUACUUGUGCCAAAUUUCCUUACGCGAUGUCGAAGCAGAUCCUCAGAAAGGCGGGUUGUGGCAUUUCGUGAAAGUUGGCGACUUGACUGUCACGCAAUAUUUCACCUGGCAGUACGCGCCCAUCAUCAUCUCGGUCUUUUACGGCGUCCUCUGGCAAAUGUCGGAUUUUGAAGUGAAACGUCUGGAGCCAUUCUACCAGCUAUCCAAGAAGACAGGCGCAACUGCGGGAGAAUCGCUUAACAUGGACUAUCUCACCUUCUUGAGUUUCUUGGUACCGCUAAGAGCACUGCGUCACAGACAGUACGCCGUCAUUUACAGCUCGCUGGGUACGUUGGUCGCUAGUAGCCUUGUACCUGUCUUGCAGAGUGCUUCUAUGACUAUGUGGCCACCCGAGAAAGAACGUAAGCUUCACGGCUAUAAGGCCGUGAGAGUCGAACCGGCCUGGUCCCGAGCGCUCUCGGCGUGCCUUUUGAUAGUUGCAGCCUGUGGAGGAGCGCUGAUGUACGCAAUGCAGAGGAAGAGCGGCCUGCAGUCGGACCCCAAGGGUAUUGCAGGUAUCGCAGCUAUGGCUACGAGAAGCCAUAUUCUGACGGACUUCAAAGGGCUCGACCAGGCUUCUUUGCCUCAGAUACACAAGCAGCUUCGCCAACGAAGAUACAUCUUGCACAAAAGCUCACUCUGGCAAGGAGAAUACAUAACGAAGAGCAAGGAAAAGAUUCCCGAGCACGGCUCCGAUCCCAGGCCGCUCAUGCUUCGUCUUUGGGCGGGUGUGCCUUUCAUCGGCUUUCUCAUCCUGUUCACCGUUGCGGUGCCAGUCUUCACAUUCGUCAAGGCGUUGAGUAGAGCCACACAGAAGGUACCCUGGAUGAUGACGGGCCUAGCAACUAUCAUCCGCAUACUCUGGAACACCAUGAACAGCGACGUUCGCAUGCUUCAACCUUUCUAUAUCCUUUCUCUGCGACACGCCCCAGCCAAGACUCUUACACUCGACUAUGCUGGUACGAAUCCUCUUUGGCUGCCCUUCGAAGCUUUCUUCAAUGGGCAUUACCUUGUCAUGCUCGUUGCCUUCGGAUCCAUCUUUGCUGAGAUCCUAACGGUCUGCGUAACCUCAAUCAGCGUCGAUGGCAACAAAUUUAUGCCCGGAUUCGGCGGCCAAAAGUCUGACGACGACCAUGACGGCAGCAACGACGAUGCGUCUGAUCGUUAUAACACGGAGCAAACCUUUCGCAGUUUCUGGUCGAGCUUAACGCUCACCAUGCUCAUUCUGAUUUAUCUCAUCGGUAUCGCUCUUCUCACCUACGCGAGGCGCAGUCAGAAGUUCAUGCCCAGAGAAAUCGGCACCAUGGCCUCCGUCCUCGCUUUCAUCCACCAGUCUAAGAUGCUCUUCAGCUUUAUCGACACGGAAAAGCUGAACUCAAGGGAGAUGACCAAGCAUCUCGAGAAGAGUGGGAAGACAUACGCGUUGGGCUGGUUCCAAGGCAGAGACGGCGAAGAUCACUUGGGCAUCGACGAAGAAGAGAUCAGCAGCGCGUACGUCUUUGGCAAGGAUUGGACUGAGGGGCGGCUGAGACCAGGUAGAGAUCUGACGUGGGAGGUUUAUUAG